AUGCUUUGGAUGCGCCAACUUGGCGCACUGCUCGCCGCGCUCGUCGUAGUGUAUGCAGAGUCGUGUACCUUUCCUGGUAUGAAAGGCAAAGGGCUUGCUAGGAACCCAAAGCUAGACAGCGUCUUCCGCGAUGGAUAUAUACAGACAAGCUCGGACUUGGAGACGCCGCCUUCGACUACGCGGCGCACUGUGUUUGUCAACCUGUGCGGUGCGAUUACGCCUAAAGAUGGGUCCGAUGUAGCGAAAGAGUGUCCCAGUAAUGCAGCCGUAUGCAUAGUGACGAGCACGAUCCGCAAUAACGAGCCGCGCGUGGAUUAUGUGAUCCCCGCGGGCGUCCGCAACAGCUAUGGAAAACUGGUGUGGACGUUGCAAAAGCAUACCCUGCAACUUGCCGGUGCAUCAUGGGCGCAGCGGCAAACGUUUUCGCAGAUCAAGUUUGAAUGCGCAAAAGAAAACGUGCUGAAAGUGCGCCAUUACCUGGACCCAUUGGACACGUCCAGCAACACACUGUCCCUUGCGCUCGGCGCGCCAGAACUGUGCCGCUCAUCCGGCUCAUCCGGCUCGCUUUUGCAUGGCCUUUGGGCGUGCAUCAAGAUUUUGUUUUGGUUGGCUAUACUUGCCUUGCUCGUCUAUUUUGUCAUGGGGGUAUGGACGAAUGUGAGCUAUUAUGGCGCCACAGGCUGGGAUCUUUUGCCGCACCGCGAUUUUUGGCGCCAACUCCCGGGCACGGCGCGAACCGAGUGA